AAGUAUUCUCCCUCAGAUGGCGGAAGUGUCACAUGGUAUGAACCAACUCCAGUUCAGACGACUUCAAAUCAAGCUGAAGAUCUCAUCCCUGGCAAGUUAGAGGUUUAUGAAGGAUCUCCUGCCAUAUUAAAUUGGAACUACAAUCUGACAGCAAUUCUACUUUCAGUUAUAUUACAAUUUAAUGAUGUUUCUAUAGUUGCCAUUUCAUCAGACGGGAAAGUCGGUCCUGUUAAUCAUAAUUUUCGGGAACGGUUCAGCGUAAAUAUCUCGACUCCACAGAACAUUUCUCUGUCGAUCUCUAAAGUGACUACUGCUGACGAUGAGUCAAAUGGAGAAUUUACCUGUGAGUUGAAUGACUUAAAUGCUGCUAAAUGGAGACGUGCAAUUCAGGUCCAAGUUGUGGGUAAGCUUAAAAGUUUUCCUGACUUUUAGAGAUUCUUAUCAAUAAUAACUAUAAUAAAAUAUAAGCUAGCUUUUGUCCUUUGGGCCUAGAGAAUGUGUAAGUAGACUUUUGGAAGACAAUAAUAAUUCUUUACGUGAAAAACCUCAACAUUCCUUUCAACAAAUUUAUUUAGUUAACUGUGUUUUAUGCUAUGGAUUUUGUUAGGCAUGACACAUUUAAUCCUAGCGGUAGUUUUCAAUAGUAUACUUUACUAUUGUUUAAUUGUUGAGGUUGCUAGGGACUUUCCCGAAGAGCAAAAUAUCCAAUGUAAUGCUCGUAAACCUCUUUUUUUACAUGUGAUGCGAAAUAUUUGAAGGAUAAUAACCACAACAUCCACUAUUUUACACGAAAGCAUGCUACUAGAAAAUUAUGCUAUUAAAUUAUACUAUUAAAUAAUAUUAGAAAAUUAGACUUGUCAGGUUUGAUAUGAUCAUAAUACUUUACACCUUGUAUCGUCAAUUAGUUUUAGCUUUUCCUCAUUUUAUGAAAUGUUAUAUCUAGUCUUUUGAAAAUAGAUUUAAAUCUUAAUUUUAGUCAUAUCAUUUUAGCUAUUUGCAGAUGGUAUUAUCUCAAUUUAGUUCUUUUUUCACUUUUAAUUUCUGUGUUAAAUUACCUCCAAACCUAAGCAGGUGAGAUUGUUCUCGCAAAAGCUAAGUGUAUAUACACAAUAAACUUGACAUGACUUGCUUGCAUAGUUGCCCUUCAAUAUGACCUGUUCCUUUAUAAAGCUCACAGUUUUUUGCAUCUGGGAACAGAUAAUGUCCUCAGACAAAUAUUUGUGAUUGUUUUCAUGCCAAGGAGAGGCUACUAUUUAUAUACAUAUAUUCUGUCACGUGAUGUGUUGAGACCAAUUACUUGCACACAAAUGUGUUGCAAGGAUGAUAAGGAUAAUCAUGUGUGAAUGAUGUGAUCACAAAGUACUAAUAAACUUGACUAAUCCUUCAAAUCUAACAUGUUGCUGUUUUAUUCACAAGACCAAGUUCAAUACUGAAUUAGUUUCAUACAUGUGUAUAUAACCUAUAUUACAAUUAGAUAAAACUACAAAGAGAAUGAUCUAGAAAUGAACUCAAGGCAUAUAUGGUAUAUUUUAUUCAGAGCUGUUGAUCACUUUAUACCGGAGAACUUGCAAUUAAAAUGGCAGAUAAAUGUUGCAAGACAAUAACGAGUAAUCAGAAAGAUCCAAAUUUUUUUUUCGCAGAGGGCAUGAUAAGGAAUCAUACAAUCUGAUUGGCCAAAAACAUUGCCGGAGUCAUUUUAUGGUGACAUGUUAUAAUUUUGCUAAUCACAAUUUGGUGGGCUGAGUCUUUGAAGAAAUUAUUUUUUAAAAGAAUGUUCUUGCAAAUAGCUCUGUUGGGUCUCAAUAUUAAUUUCUAUAGAAUUAUUUCUUGGAAACUGUUGUUAAAAUAAUAAUGCUUUGUUUCAGCUGAGAAAAGAAUUCAGAAAAAUGUUUGAGGGCCACUGAAUUUCUUAAAGAUAUUUAUGUAUAUUAAGCACUUAUGAUGGAUUAUAAUCAAGGGACUGUUCUUGUAUAAUUUGCACAAUCAUAACAUGUGUGAAUUUCAUUUGCAUGCGCGAGGAAAAAUAUUUAAAAAUCUUGUUAACAGUAUUAUCACUUUUCCACGUUGCUUAUGAGUCAACAUCCAAUUUAAUUAUCCUGGAAGUUUAAUUAUGAAUCUUUGAUUGCUCUUAGUUCCAUUAAGUAUAACUGGGAUAGGAGGUAAACCAACUGUUCUUGAAGGCAACAACCUGCAGUUAAUCUGCAAAGUAUCCAGUCGACUAGAAGCAAACGUCUCCUGGACCAAAGAGAAGGCUGGGAACCAAGGGAAUACUCGUGUGGUGCAAGAAGGAAAAGUGCUGAAUGUACCAAACAUCAACCGAACUGCUGCAGGAACAUUUACCUGUAGAGCAUACAAUGGCUUUGGUAAACCAGAGAACCAAACAGUUUAUGUGGAUGUAGUUUGUGAGUAAUUGCAUUGAAAAAUGCAUUGUCUAAAUUUAAACAGAGAUGCACUUUCCAUGUAUUUUCUAUUUUGUAAUUUACUAUGUUGUCAAUUACUUUAAUUUAUUGAUGUUUGGCUAAGUACAUCUGUGCAGGGCUCCAAGCUCAAUUUUUUAAAAAAUCCUUCAAUCAUAAAAUGAUUGCUAUUAAACAAACAAACAAAAUAACUCACAUUGAAGGGAGUGUAUUUCAAGUUGCACUACAUAAGGUAUUUGGUGAGCUGAAUAAAAUGAUUGCAACACUGUUAUUUGCCAACUUGGUAUGUUCACUGACUUUUGCCAAUUAAAAGAUUGUAAAAAUGGUCAAGAGAGUGAGAAUGACGAAACUCUUCUGUCUGGAAGCCGACGAAGACUCAAAUCAUGUUUAAAACUAUUUUGGUCUUGCUCAGCUGAGAAACAUCUCUUGUUAAAAGUGAGCUGAAAUACAUGUGGUGGUUUUUAAAGCCUUUGAUAUUGAAAUAACAUCUUUAAUCACUAGAUAUUUAGCCACCAUACUUUGUACCACAAAAAUUGAAGGUUAGAAGGUUAGAAGAUUAGGUGGUACUGGAGGAUACUUUGGCCUUUCUUGGAACUGGCCCUUUGUCAAGAAUUGACUUUUCUUCACUUUUAAUCUCAUAGUGGUGUAAUUAAUUAGAAUACAUGAUGAUUUAGAUUCACUUGCUUUAGGCUGCAAAGCAUCCCAAAAAUUAGAAAUACCAUCAUAAAUUUUGAAAAUAGAAAUGCUUAUGAAAGCAUAUUUAUGUUUUCAUUGCUUGGAAAUGUAAGUAGUCAGCUAUUGUAUAGAGCUCUUUCUCAAGUUCCUUCCAUGAUAAGAAAGCACCUUGUAUUUCAUUUUCAUUUGGUUACAUAUGAAAUUAAUGUGUCAGAAACUAUAACUACAGGAUAAUUCAUUGAUAAUUCUUCCAAAGAUUGAUAAAUUUUUCACAUUUUUCCCUUCUUUUUUUUUCCUAAAUCUGGUGGUUGCCAAUUGGCAACUUUUGUUGUCGCCAAAUAUAUUUUUCACUCAUUUUUAUAUAUUUUUCACUCAUCAUUGGGACCAAAUUGGGGGUGUUUGCCCACCCCUGUAAAUGUAAACUCCUCUUAAAAUUUAAGAUUAGAUGUUGUGUUAGGAGACCUUAGUGCUCCAUUAUCUGUGUUAACAAAUACAUGUAUGUUAAUUCUGUUGAUGCUGAUUUCAAAAUCUUUAAAAUCCAGUUCAACAUAUCUGGCAAGAUCUCAGCUCAAAGAUUUGAAAUAUAGAUAUGUACAAAUGAGAUGUAUCUUUGUGUGGAUGCUGUUUUUAAUCUGAUUUUUUAUUUUCCAAUUUCAUGUACAGACCCAGCCAAGAUUGUUAAAUUUCAACCUAAGUAUAUUGGUGCUGUACAACAAAGUGUAACUCUUAACUGUGAAGCAGAAGGAAACCCUCCACCUACAUACACUUGGACUCCAUGCAAUGACAUACAACAAGUUUGUGACAAGAAUACUCUUCAUAUUUCACAAGUCUUUGAUGAUGCCAACUAUACCUGCAGAGUGGCCAAUGUACAUGGACUUGAUUCAAAAACUGCCAAUGUUUGUAAGUCACAUGUACAUUGUAGUCAUGCAUCUAACAGCUGUAAUUUCAUACAUGUACCAACAAGACAUUUUGAUUUCCUCAAUGGCACUUGAAAUAUGCACUUGAAUUUGAAAGCAAAAGGUCAGUUUGAUAUGAACAACUGACUUUUCCCUUACAUUGUUUUGCUUCAGUUAUAGGAACAUUCUCAAAAUUUUGCUAGACCUUUUCUCUGGUUCAUGCUCAGAAAAAAUAAUAACAACACAAUUUUUCAUUUGGCAAGCAAUGAACACAAUCCACCAAUAAGAAAUAUGAUGAAAAUUUGAUGAGUGCCCAGGAUCAUGUAAGCUAUGACAGAAACCCCCCCUUGCGAACUGAAUUCCCAUUUUCUGGGAAUUCCUAGGAAUUCUCAAAAAUUCCCAAUUGUGCAAAUUAAAUCUGAUUUAAAAAGCUUGGAAUUACUGGGAAUUUCUUGGAAAGGAAGACUCCAGUUUUGUGAGGACUUGGAAUCCCUAGGAAUUCAUAGGAAUUCUCAGCUUUACAAACUACCUAUAAUUUAAGAAGUGUGGAACUCUUAGGAAUUUCUGGGAAUUGAAUUUGAGGCAAUUUUAAUACCCUGAGGUCCACAUAAAUUCUAAGAAAUUCUCAAUACCUUGAAUGUGAAGGUUUUAACAAAAGGGGUAAUUUCAGAGGCUUAAAACUUUGACUCAAUAAAAGGUAUGCUAUACAAAACUUACCAAGAGAUAUACAUACAUGUAUAUGUUUAUAACUUAAAGAUCAAGAAAUGUAUUAUUCAAACUAAGUUUUAGUAAAUCUUUACAUUAAUAUGGAUUUUCUCAUGAACCAGCUGUCAGUUAUGUUGAAUGGAAAUUGCCAAUUAAUCCAAUGUACUCAUAUCACAGAUUUGCUUUCUAACCUAAAUGGACUCUUGGAUUCCGUGAUCAAAAAAUAUUUUUAAUUGUGAUGCAAAUUAAUGUCUCAUGUUCACUGAUGUGCCAAAAUCAUCAAACAUUCAUUGGCUGUUCCUUGGUACUCAACUUUCACAAUAAUUAACAAUAAUUACAUUGUUAUCUUACUUCCCUAACCCACAGUACUGGUUGCCUUUGUUAGAAAACCUUGGAACAGUCAAGCUCACUUGCCUCAAACACAGUCAGAGACUUUUUGUUGACAAUAUUUUUAGUUGAAAUUUCAUGCCUUAGACAAACAAAUUCAACACCUAAUUAAUCUUUCUUUUUUCAUGAUUGUUGUUGCUGUUUUUUUUCAGUUUUUUGCUCUAUUUUCGUGACUAAUUGCUGGAAUUUGUUUUGCUGUAUUUAUUAUUACAAAACAUUUUUGUAACAGUUCCAAUGCUUGUGGAUCAUCCACACAUUUGGCAUGCAGACAAGACAGAGGUAGUCAAUGUUCCCUUUAAGAAAAAACACCUUUUAAAUGACGACUUCAAUUUACUUUAUUUGAAACUCUGAUCUGAAAAUAUUUGUCAACAAGACUUGUUAGUAGUGAGAAGUACCAACCAAGUUUCCUUUCAUAACUUAAUUUCUUAAAUGUCAUAAUCACUGGAUCUCCCAAAAAAGAUUACAUCUUUUUAUUUUUGGUGCAAAAUACAAGUCCUUCUUUAUAUAACAAUGAAAAGUGCAAGUCACACUUCAAUAAUAACAGCUCUAAAGUUUACUUGUUGUUCUUCUCUGUCUGUCAGCUAUCAACAAAAUUGUUUUAUACUUGAGACAGUGCAUAACUAUUUGUGGACCAGAGUUCCAUCGCACCUCUGUAAUCGCAUAUAGCUACUUCUGUCUCUAGUAAAAAUGUUUCUCCUUUGUAAGACGCACUCUACUCUGUUGUCACUACUGCUUUAAGUUCAGUGGAAACGACUGACUGAGGAAUCGAGAUGGCGGUGUUGGAACGUGUUGCUGAACGCUUGCUACGGUCAAGCUUUGUAGAUUUAGGUACUGGUACACUGGGAUCAUCUAUGUAUCUCUUAUACUUCCUAAUGUGGUAUCCUUCUUUUAUAAAUAUGAGGGUAAAGGACGAUUUGUAGUCGCAUUCAAAACUGUGAUUGGCUUGUGUUAUUUCUCAUCUUUACCAUGAACACAACUCAAGAGAGUUUCGAGUCUUUGUUUCCUCGACAACUUUCGGCCACCAAUCGUGCAUUUGUAAUACGAUCGAUUCUUGUCGAUUAUUUCUACAUAGAGUGAGCUCACAUCAUUAUUUAUAUCACCAAGGUAUCCAUCGUCUAGAAGCAGAGAACUGGUCGGAGAAGUCAGGGUAAAGUUGUGCGCUCCUCUUAACACUGCAAUCGGCAAGCCAGCGGAUUCACUUUGCUGGCCAAUGACAAGUCCUAAAAGAUCCACGUGAUCAUGCCCGUGAUCGGAAACAAAGAAGACUCCAUUUGGCGCUCGUCUUUGAAUGUAAUUUUCAUCGGUUGAUCGUUUUUCUCAACUGUUUUUCUUAAUAUAACAUUUCUAAAGAUAGCUUUUAUUGUGGUUCAAUGGGAAAACGAGAACCGUGUGAGUGUUGUAAAAGAAAAGAAAGUCGUUGGCGCCGUGGAGUUAAAAGAAGGGACAACAGUUGACAUAUCGACUGGUACAAACAAGGGUCGAGUGGCUAUCUGUGAAGCUACGAUCUUGAAAGUUUGUGGUGAGUAAAAAUUGCGAUAUUCGUUACGUGAUCAAAAUCUUAUAAAAGAAUAGAUGUAGCGGGUUGAAUUAAGCUUACAUAACGCUCGGCGCAACUGAAACUAGAAUAAUUCUGAGAAUCGAAUCGGUCACUUGCAUACCGCAGUUUCUUAAGCUUAUGCUUUACCAAUGAAAUAAACCUAUCAGUAAGGUUUCAAGAUUCCUUUAGUCACGUUUGGGAACAUUCAAGAUUCAUAAUAGGAACUGUUAUUAAACAAACCUUAUUACAUAAAGAAGCCCUCCUUGGUAAAAACAAAAUAAUGUAUUCAGCCCUUUUUUAGUAAAAUCUAUGGGAGAGAUGUACUAACUCCAACAUAAAAGUCACUCAAUAUAACAGAGAUUUCUCAAUUUGAGAAUCCAAUGAAUGCCCUUUUCCUCAUAGCCAUCUUAAAGGCCUGGUCUGAGCUUUAAGUAUACAUAUUUAAAUAUAUAUGUUUUUUUCAAAUUCAGAUGUCGUGGAAUCCAGAUACAAAAUGGUCAAGCUUCUUGUAGACAACCUCAUUCAAGGCCAACUCAUUGUGAGCCCAGGAAAAAAAAUACAAACAGCAGCUAAGUUUGCAGUUUAGGAUAACUUCAUUCUAAUUUAUUGUUACAUUUACAACAAGAUUUUAAUCAAAAAAUCAAUUUUAUUUGUCUGUAAUUAACCCCUUCACUCCCAAGAGUGCUUGGUUUUCAAAUAUAAUUUAAGAUAUUGUAUUUUAUGGAAAAGAAUCAACAGAUUUUAUUCACAAUUUGUGUCAAACCAAAUUUAAUGAUUGAUUAGGACUAUUUCAUAUGAAUAGCUGUAAUUGAGGAUUAAUCCGUAUGAAGUUUUCAAGAAAAGAAAAAUAAUUCAAAUUCCAUCCUAAUAUUACCACACAUUGAUGUUAAUAAUUCAUCAAAAAUAUUUUACAUGUAAGCCUUAAUUAAGCUUCUUAAUAAAUUAUCAUUGAAUACUUGAAUUUUAGCUGGGUUUUUUUAAUUUAAAGUAUUUAUUUUAUAUCAUUAGCCUCAAAUUUUUGCUUAAAAUUCCCAGUAAUUCUUAAACAUUCCUAAAAAUUCCCAAAAAUUCUUAGAAAUUCCUAGGAAUUUUUGAGAUUUACAGCUUUUCAGGGAAAGUCAUUGGUUCUCUGAGUUGGAAUUCCUAGGAAUUCCAAGUCCUGUUGGCUAUAAACUUGGAAUUUCUGGGAAUUUUUGGGAAUUUCUGGGAAUUUCUGGGAAUUUCUAAGAAUUUCUAAGAAUUUCUAGGUUUUUGAACCAGAGUUGUUAUGGUUGGGAAUUCCUAGGAAUUCCUAGGAAUUCCCAGUCCGAAUUUACCGUGAAAAUUCACACCUUUAUUCCUAGGAAUUCCUAGGAAUUCCAAAAGCCAUUUCGCAAGGGCCAGUUGCUCUUGAUAAAACCCCUAACUGGAAGCAAUGGAUGUCUCAAUUGUCUCUGAGCCUUUUAAUAGCCUUAAAACGGUCCUAAAGUUUUCAAAAAAUCCAGUUUUUCAAAUGGAAUACCAGUGUAUCAAUAAAAAGGUGGAGUAAAUUGUUUAGUAAUGAUUUUUCUCCUACUUCACAGACAUUGGAGGAAAUGUGAUCAACAUAACUAUUUUCAUCACAAGUGAGAUAUGUAUAGGUGAAAAAUACCAGCAAUCCUUUUUACUGGAGAAAUUCAAAGAACUGGUAAAUUGAUGUACAUGUUACUUUGAUAUUGCUGUCAAAGUUAUUAAAUAAACAUAAUAUUAGUUUACAUUGGAAGGAUUUUAUUUUCUCACAAAUAAACUCUGUGCCUGUGUUGAACUUCUCUUGAUCUGUUAAAUUGCCAGUUAUAGUUGUCACUGUGUGUUAGUUUAACUUCAGGGUCAGAGACUGAUGUGCUAGGUGUAUAAUGAUUAAAAUGAAAUUUGGCUGGUGGAGAAUGUGUGGAGAAUAUUGCAUCUAAUUUUAGUGUUUCUUGAAUUCUUAGAUAGCAUACAGUCUGUCAAAUCUUGAACUUGAAAAGCUUUUCGCAAUCUUGUUAUCAUUCAGUGUUUGCUCUUGGUCUAUAUUUAGGGAAAUAAGAGGCCUGGUGUUUUCUUUCCAAAUUAAAAUAAGAGGCAAGUGAUAAGAAGAAGAACAAUUAUUCAUUGAAGUAGCACUUCACAGACACAACUGAUUAAUACUCAGAGACUGAUUCUUAGUAAAACAGCCAUGUGUCGUCCUCAUUUAUUCUUAUGUAUGAUACAUGUACACUAAAAUGUAUAACAAAUGAUUGAAAUGCUUACUUGCAGCUUGAGGAGGCUUUUGCUGAUAAACUUGGCUAUGAAGGAGUGCAGUUGAUAGGUGUGAGGUAUGGGAAUUAAUGGGAUUUAGAUGAUUGCCAGUUGCUCUUGCUAUCAAAUAUUUAAUUUUAGAAAUGUUAUUGUCUGGUCUUAUGUUAUCUGUUUUCCAUUUCAUGUCACUCUAACCCUUAGUUAAUGUCUGUCCCAAGGUGUGGAAGUAUCGACCUUGCACUGAAAUUCAACUCCACUACAAAGGAACGAGAUGUUAUCAUAACACUUAAUGACAAUGUGAAAGAUGGAAAGCUGGGAGAGUUCAGUGUGCAUUUGUUAAAAGGGAAAAGACCUGAUGUGGAACAAACAAGUGGAGGAACCACAACACCAACUGAUGCUUCCUCUGGAGGUAAGUAUUCAAAACACUUCCUAUAAAAUUUUUGCAAGCUGAUAAAUGAAUGCCCUUGCCAUACAGCUUGAUUGGAAGCAUAUUUUUUGAUGUGAGAAACAUGUUUUUGAAAGUUACAAUAGUUUAUGCAGAAUUGUUACUAUGGUUGGCUCUUACAGAGAUCUGAAAGCUUGGUGUAUAAUAAUAAUGAUCAGUAUGACAACAACAGUUGUAAUAAUACACUUUAUUUUAAUUUACUAAGGUAAACAAGAUUUACAAAAAUCAAUUUUCGUUAAGGCACUAAAAUGAAAACAAAUUAGAAUUAAAAGUUGUCAAAGAAUAUUAUCAUAAAAUCCCUAACUGGCAGGGGUUAGGCCAGUUGGUAACAUUUAUGUUUAAAGUACAGCUAAGGAGUGAACUCAGUCAGGAAAAAUGAGAACAAAUCUGGCAUUGAUUAGCAGGUUGGAGGCUUUGAACCCCGAAACACCAGAUUACAAGACCAGUGUUCUAACUAGUCUGCUACUCUGCCUCCUUAAAAGUAAUUGCCAACAGAAAUUUAAAUGUUAUGGUAAUGCUGGCUGGGGGGAUUCUACAGUACAUGUAUUUGGAAAUCAAUUUCGAUUUUAUUUAUCCUAUGUUGACAUUGAUUUGAAUUUCUUUAUCUUCAUUAAAUGCUGGGUAAUUUACCCCUUAUAAGGAAACCAGGUGCACUCACAGUAGUAUUUGGUGACCUGUCUGUUACAUUGCUGGACCUUGAAAUGAAACAAAAUGGAUGAAAUGUACUUUCCUUUUGUAAGCAGAGCCAAAUUUCAGAAAAAUAUAAAAAUUCUACAAGGCAUUCAUGAUUCCAGACUAACACUAAUCAUUGACAGUAGAUGUGUACUUGCAUCAUUUCAGACAAAAGACCAAACAAAAACUUUUUUUUGGCUAAAAAAGCAAACUGUCUGUUGCUGAAGUGCAUUAGCAGGAGGUAGACAGUGUGCUGAGAAAGCAUAAAAUGGUUAUUGUAUAAUGUGCAUAAUUAUUGGGGAAGGGGCAAUUGUAAAACACCACUGGUAACCUUUUUUAAACAAUACAGUACCGCUCGAAGAUAAGCGAACCACCUAACGCGUUGUCAACGCUUGGGCUCGAAGAAGUCAACGCGUUAGUGCUCUUUCGCUAACGCGUUAGCUAACGCGUUGAUCAUCGACCCGUAUCGCCUUUGUUAUUCACUUUGCCACCUCCAACCUUCUUUCUUUUGUAUCCAUUGUUGACCAACUCAAAGGAUGGCCUUCAUCCGCAACUGAAAACCUUUUUGAAUUUGCAUAAUUUUACUUGUCGGUCAAGGUUUACGUUCUGUUGCUUUUCGCCGGUUUUGAACAAAAUGUAUUCUGCGACAGAUAUCUGAAAAAAAAUAAUAAGGCAAGCUUUCGAAAACUACAGAGCAACUCUAAACAAAAGAACCCAGUCGAACUGAUGCGCUCUCUGCUUCUCGAGUCGAGAAUCGAAAACGCUCAUCGCCAGAAUGUCUGAGCCACGCGAGUCGAUUCUUUCUGCAACCAAAAUUUCAAUCACGAUUUCGUCAAGGGAAACAUCAGGCGGUUUUCAACAAUCCGCGUUAAUCAAGUCAAACAAUCUCCAGUAGCCCAAGCCAAGGCAGAAGGUUUCAUUAUUUAAAGCCUAUCGAUCGAAAUUCGAGUCACGAGUUUUAUUCGUGAACUGCUAGCGAAAAAAACAUACUUAUAGUUUGUCACGCUUUUGUUUACGUUCUGCCGCUUUUCGCCCGGCUUUCAGCCGACUGUAUUGUGUGUGUGAGAACAUACAUUUAUUGUUACUUGCUCCUUACUUAAAAUACAUGCAUGGUUUUUCGCGAUACUCAAAUGUCGGUGAUCUAACUUUUUAACAAUCUCAAAACAAGAGAAAAUUAUUUGUUAUUUCAUGCGUCGUUAAUCCUAUUUACAUCAAACCUAUUCGUGAAAUCUAGGUCCAAAAAACAAAACACGGCGAGAACUAUCGAAAUACACAACACUCAGAGCCAAAUAAAACUACUGGUUACGUUCGGAAAACUUAAUUCCUCUUAGGUAAGUGUCCACUGCUUUCCUGCAGUCUCUCCACUGGAAAUCUCUUCCUUCGGGUGGAGCUGGAUAGAACUUGCAGACUGCAUCCAUGAUAACUUUAACUUUGUCAGGAUUAAGUGGCUGUUUUCCUGCCACCCCUCGCACAUUUCUGCCCCUUAGUUCCUCUGGUUGAAACUGUAUACAACUAUUUUUGAAGUUGAUUGCCAAAGUACCGACAAGUGCCGGGAUGUUUAACGAAUUUCGAGACAAGCGGCGACACGUAAACACAAGAAAUAAUUCAUGGGAUGCGAGUAUUUCGAGGUUGUUUACUAAUUUACCUGGCUAGAAUUUCAUCGCUAGCGACAGCUGUCGAUAUGUUUGUCAAAUUGAAAAGUCAUGCGGCACAUAAACACAGGAUCAAUCUAAAAGGAUAAAUUUGGAUCCGAGAAUUCGAAGUUGUUCGCAAACUUAAUACGGCUAGAAUUUAAUUGAAUUGGUAGCACAAGCGCCGCGACUUGUGAUGAAUUUCGAGACAUGCGGCACGUAGGCAUAAAAUCGAUCGACCAAAAAAAAAAAAAAACAGUUUGGGAUACAGGUGAACGAGAAUUUCGAAAGUAUUCACAAAUUACAGGUUGUAAAAUGAAAUCGCUCGACUCUUAGUUCUUAGAACAGAUCUUUGGAUAACGCUUGUUAUCGGGAAUACACAGACGCCGUGGAGAUGCUAAGGCGAAUGUGACAAAAAAGUCGGCUUUGUUUGGGCCUCUUGUUUUGCAAAAUGGUUUUAAAGUGUGAUCUACUAAUGACCUUCACUAAGUUCAAAACGCCAACGCGUUGGCUCUGCGUGGGGAACGCGUUGAGUGGUUCGCUUAUCUUCGAGCAGUUCUCUAAGUUAAAAUUACCGGUUACAAUUACACUUGAAGCUCAUUUAUGGAUUCAGUUAUCUCGAAAUCCAAAACUCGAUUUACUCUGAUGACCCCAUUGCGGCCAUUACAUUGCCAACUUCUUCUUCAUUUGCUUAAAGGGAGAUUAAUGUCCUUCCAUCCCACUAACAUCGCUAAAAUAGCUUUAGAGCUUACGAGCAGUUUAUUUGAACUACCAACUCGUAUAACAGGUGUAGAUCAUUCACUUAGUGGGAUAUUUAGAACAAAUAUGAACAGCCUCCAAUAAAAAAAUUACAUAGUAAUAUAAAUCACAAGUUCGUGAACAAUAUCAGCCAUCCAGGCAAAGUUUUGGAUUACGAUUGCUCCCUUCUGCUUCUUGUAGCUUGUAAGGAACAAUGGUUCACUAAUAAGGUGUGGUAGAUCUCCUUUUCUUGAAACAUGGAAAUGAAGAAACAGGAUUUGUAGGGAAAGUGUUUCACAUGUUAAUCUCCUUUGUGAAUCUUGACCAAAUUCUAUCAAUUUUAAUAAAAAUCUCUGUAUAUUCAACGUAUAUUCUGCACAAGAUAUCCACAAGUUUACCAUGGAGUCACUUUGAUUUAAUUUCGUGACUACCUUUGGCUUUAAGUUUCACUGUAAUCAUACUCUUAAACCUCCCAAAGCAAAAGAAAACAUAAUCAUAAUUGAAAGUAUAACUUUUUGUAGAGUUGGGUACCCUAACUGUCUGUUCUUAGAACAAGUAUUAAUGACCUGAAUUUUCAAAAAUGUCUACGAAAGAUGUUUUGGUUUGUCUUGCCUCUAAAUAGCUUGCUAACGCGUUGACCAAGGUAGAGACUCGUAUUGGUUUAUAUGGAAGGGUUAUGGGGAGACAAACUGAGGCUUUUUACGAAAGAGAUGGUUGAAACGGCCAGCAAGAGUUCGAAGCAGCACCUUAAGUACGAAUUUUUCCUCUAUUUGAUUCCUGAGCCAAAAAUACAUCUGUUAGUAAAACAAUUAUAACAAAGAAGGCUGACUUUUGCUCUUUUUCUACCCGAGUGUUACAGUUUUCAGUUCUCAAAAAUUUUUUGCUAAUUUUUUUACAAAGAAUAAGACAUUUGACUUAGCAAAAAGUAUAACGUAUAUUCGAAACUGUUGUAGAGAGAACGAAGACAAAUCCUGAGCUGCCUGCGUUGUUGCUCCCUAGCUUCACUCACGAACCGUUGAUAUCUUUACAACAGUGAGAGAAUAGCUGUUAAGUAAGAUCACCUCUACACUUAGUUUCCCAUGCUUUCUUUUAAUCUGUCUGUUUCACCAUGUACAUGUAUGUGUUUAUUCAGUCAUGUUUCUCUUUUAAUUCCUUUUGAAUGCGACUGAACAGUUUGUUUAACAGUAACAUUUUGAAAACCUUAUCGUAGCACUAAGAUGGCAGUCAUUAGACCCUGUGCGAAACAGGGUUGUGCCUCAGUGGGACUUCCAGAACUAAUAUUAACAGUUUCUUAAGGAAACACUAACCACAGUUUUCCUAUGGUUUCAUUGAAAUAUCACCUGUCCAAACGUAGUGAUAGAAAGCGUAGCUUCUUGAUUACUAAUUAUACUUAGCUGUACUUGUCCUGAAUCACUGACGGUUUAUGUCUUGUAGGGAUCGCUUGGUGGAUCAUUUUGAUCAUUGUGUUUGUGGUGGUAAUUCUUCUGGUUUUUCUGGUCAUGUUAUAUAAAUGGAAUAGAAAGCAUCUAAAGGGUGAGUAUUUUCCAUUUAAAUCUAUCUUUUGAACGUAGACCCUUUUUAAUCGCUUUUUGUUUACUCCUACUUACUACAUAUGUUUUUCAUGGUGACCUCAGGCCAGGAAAUGGUCACGGAAAAAUUUCAAAAAUUCUUUUUGGUACAAUUCAUCCAACGUGAAACAUGUUGGGUUGUUAUGAUAUUUUUUAUUCAUUGCACGACAACUGGCUGACAUUGGGUUUCCAAGAAAAUAAAUGCCUUUUUUUCGGAAUUACCAAUUCAUAUACUCAGCAUGCGAUUUGCUGAAAACAAAAUAAACAAAUUCGUGGGGAGGUGGUUGUAAAGUGGGGUUGGAAGCCAUUCUUAGGACCCAUAUUUAUUAGAAUUGUCAAUUGAGUUGGUCGGAAAUUUUACAUUUAUCAGCAAAGUUAGGGAUUUUCAAAAACAUAUAACUGCAAUUGUUAUUGUCCGUUUCUUUUCUUUUUUUGGACGCUACUGUAAGAAGUCCUACCCAAUGGAAGACAACACUCAGAGAUGUAAGUGUUAUUAACUGGCUGUUUUUUCUGUUACUAAGGAGUCAAUUUUGUCUUUGUUUUGUUCAUGGCACUUCGAAUGGUUGCUUGGUUGCUUUGCUUUGCGUGUAUUUUUUCAGUUUUGUUUUCAAUGUCUUUGAAUGAGAAUAAACAUUUUGUUUAACUGAUUCAUUUGAAAAACCGUAUCUCAGAGUUCAAGUAGCAGAGGGUUCCAAUGUAAUGAAGAGUCACUUUACAUUGUAGGGAAGCGGGUUCUGACCAAAACGACAACCAAAAGGCGGGUUCUGAGGCCAAUCAUCCAGCCUCCAAUCACUUAUCAAGCUCCAUGGUAGUGGUAGAUGAAACCAACGAGAAAGUCAGGGUAAGGUCCCGCAAUGAAAGAGCUCUAGUAAACGGAUCUUACCUUUUGAUUGUGACGAGAUCUCGGUAAAGUUUGUUUCAUAACCGAAUGGUCAAAUACAUGUAUAACUUUCUCUGCACAAUAAUUUAUACGUACUCAAGACCGCAUUCCGCUGAUAAAGAAGUUAAAAUGUAAUUCAAAAGUCGAUACUCCAUAAACUGCAAGGAGGAGUGCAGAUUUCUCUUAGAGCGUUUCUGUAUACGAAAAAGGACGUACUAUAAAAAUACUUCCACCGGGCCAUUUACUGUUAUAACAAAGUUCGGAUAUAACGCACGCUAUCAUUGGUUGAAAGAGCGUGCUCUGUGAGAGUAUAGAGCAUAGAGCUGAGCUAAAGCUGUCACGCCAUCUGCCAAAUUGUACUAUGUCCGACCUUUUCCGGGACUUCUUUUAAGCUAUUUUUCCGAUAAUUGAAAGUGAAAUUUCGGAACAAGCGAGCCGGCAAGUAGCAACAGAAGAACCAAACAAAGGUUUGUAAACAUACCAGACGCCGUAAUUUACGUUAUUAAAACGUGAGCAGAUACGAAAAUCCACAAAGGAAAAACAAAAUAGACAUUCCGAGUUUUAAAGAUUUUCACGCCCAGUUAGAUUGCAAGCUUACGUACGGUAAUAAAAAUCAAACACAACUAACACUCGUAUAGUAUAUAGAGUUCAGUGUUCAAAAACAAAACAGAACAAAACAGAAAUGAUGAAAAUAUAAGCAAACUGGCAUAACUGUUAAAAUUCAUACUAAUCAUGACGGUGUCUGAGCGAAUAUGAUCAUGCUGAAGUCCAUCGCGGCUCGCUCAUCAUGGCGAUCUCCUGUCAUCACAGUAAAGCAAGCCUCAGAAACUACAUCAGCCGCCCUUCUUGUGAAAAAAUAAGAGCUUGCUCUGAUAUCCUUUCCGAUGCGUUGGGUGGAAAGUCACAUCAGUCACUGCAGCCGAGUUUUGCGGCGCUGUCAUCCCGGGCGAUCUUCAUGUUCCGGUGAAUUCGCCUGUCGUUCGUUCAAAAAACAAUCGCCUUGAACAGUUUGUUUUCUACCUAGUCAUGUGAAAAAAACUCACGUUUUUUUAUGAGCCAUAAUUCGGCUGAAGUUCACUGAACAUUUCACUUCAAGAUUCUGUAUUAAAGGCUUAAAAACUUCUGGCAUAAGUGUUAAAUUCGAACAGCCAAACUAUUUUAGUUUGUAAACUAUCGCAGAAUGUGAACUUUGAUGGUGUUUGAACUUUGAUGGUUUGACACUUUUGACAGUCCUGUACAGCCAAUCAGAUUAUUUGAGCCAUUCUAACAAGGAUUCUGAUUGGCUUAUUGUGGCGUACUUUAUGAGAGUAUAGAGCAUGCUGACGACACUGUUGUUCGCUUUGGAAAUAAAGUUUGUAAUGAAAAUUGAAAGUAAUGCUUGGGGAAUUUAACGGAUUCCUUAUUAUAUAACAAAUAGAGAAGCCUUGACUGCGCUCUGUUCUGUUAUAAAGCACGCAGGAAGCGGCUAGAGCACUCAAGAAGUGAGAACUCUAGCCGCUUCCUGCGUGCUUUAUAAUAGAAAGGAGCACAAUCAAGGCUUCUCUAUUUGUUAAAUAAAAGGAACGAUAAGGAAAUUUAGGCGGUAAAAUUUUGCAAUCGUCUGAGUUAUUUUCCAUGGAAAUACCAAGGCUUGGUGCCAUUUGUGAGGUUAAAUAAGGCCAAACUUGGUGACGAGCAUUGAUGUUUCAUGUCAGUUAGACAACGUCUGUUACCAUGCCUAAUCCAAACCUUUCUCCGCCACACAAAGAUACCCACCUGUCCAGUCCUCCGCUUUGCUUAGACGGAGGGCUAACGUUCCAAACGUGAGCUUUUCAAAAUUUAGUACGGCGGUUUAUCGACAUAUCAACAUUUGUCCACCACCGUUAAUUUUGAUAACCAGCUAAAAAAAGAGAAGCCAAUUUGGCUUUCCAGCGAAAUGCCGUCAAUUGCCUGUUUCACUAAACUACAACUUGUUUUUCUUUGUCUCACUGACAGAAACGGAAGUCCGGUGAGCUUCGGUGUGCUGGGCCUGAUGAACUGACCGGUCGCGAACAAUGCCACGUGUCAGUGGUAUGGAGUAAAUCGUAGAGGAUGUGUGUAGCUACAGUGCAGUUAAGAGGUAAUCGGCACUAAAUGUACGCGAAAAGCGGGAAUUUUUUUAAACGCACUUUAAAAGCGCGCGUGAAAGAAGCUCAUGAGUAUGUAUGGAGCAGUCUUUUGUGUUACCCUUUGUAUAAUUUUGUAUUACUGAAAAAGUUGCGUUUUAGCUUUUAUUUGGCGUUUUUUUUUCCACAGAUCCCAGCGCUAUUUCACAGGUGGUCUUCCACUCUAUUUUCAAUAUUUACUGUCCAUUUCAUUGUGGUACCACUGAAAACAUCAUCCAAAGUGUUGCGAAUUGCACUAGUGAUUGACAUUUUGUAACCGUGACUUUGCUUAAGGGUUCGACUUCCAGAAUUUUUCUAGUGUCCAUGCUAAUGGCAAUGACACAACCAUAUAAACAGGAAAAACUAUUCUUUGCUAGGUGUCAUCUCAAGGUACGUCUUGUUCCUGUUCCAGUUAAUCAGUUAUGUUAAUCAGUUAUGUUAAUUUCACCUAACUUUGCUGACAAAUGAAUGCAGACGAUUCAAGUUUUGCUGCUAGCCGCCAGCUGUAAACUUUUACGACAGCGACUUCAUUGAACUUGAUCUUCCCUGAUCUUGUUCGCUUUAUAAAGAGGUACCCAGCGGGUCAAAAAACUUUUUCCUUUUCAUCCACAAUGCAGGCAAGCCAUUUCAAAAGUCAGGAAAUGCAGGCAAGCCAUUUCAAAAAUCAUUUCGGAAGCCUUCUUUUGUUAUAAAUUUAACACAUCAUUCAAAGUUAGAAAAGGGUAAAACAAAAGACUGCUUCAUACAUGCUAAUGAGCUUCUUUCGUGCGCGUUUUUUUUAAUGCGUUUUUUUAAAUGUCUCUCGCGUGCAUUUAGGGCCAAGUAGCUCUAAGCUUUACAAUAUAUAUGAUAUUGUUCUGUAAGUGCCCGUUUAUUCAGGUGCAAUCAAAAACUGCUGAACUAAUCUGUCGUAAGGAAAAACAUAAUGCUUAGAUUUAGAUUUGUUGCCAAAAGUGUGAGAGGAUUCAAAUAUUGUGGUAUAUCAUCGCCGGUCAGAUGCACCACCAUAAAGCUACAGGAUAGUCGUAGUUCACAUUAUCUUAUUCCUUUCGAUACCACGUCCUUUUCGUAAAAGAAAGAAAGAAAUGCCCGGAAACAAUUUAGUCUUUUUUGUCGAGUAGCUGUGUUCAUUGCUCAAAUUGAAAACCUUUGAUUCUUCGGGAAUGUUUAUAAUUUUAGUGCAUAGGAGAUCAAGAACCGCAAGAAUACAGGAGAACCAUAAACUUAGCGAUGUUGCUCUCAACUUGAUAAUCCUAU